AUGGCAUGGAAUAGUACUAUACUGAGUUUCAGGGACAAGCCUCUCAUGACUAUGUGUGAUAAGAUUAGGCUAUAUCUCAUGGGUAGAAUGCAAAAGAAUAGAGACAAAAUGAAGACAUAUCCACAUAAGAUUUGUUCCAAAAUAUCUAAGUGUCUUGAAGAGCCUAAGGAAAAGUCAGGUAGGUAUAGUACUUACAAGUCUACUGAUAAUUUAUACCAAGUUGAUGAUCAUAACUUCAAGGCAUUCAAGGUGGAUUUAGCCCAGAGACAGUGUAGUUGUAGAGGUUGGGAUCUGACUGGCAUUCCUUACAGUCAUGCUGUAGCUGCUAUUAGGAAACAGAGAGAAAGCCCUGAAGAUUAUUCUUCAGAAUUAUGGCAUAAGGUUGAUCUUCCAGCACCACUACCUCCCAAGUAUAAGGCACAACCUGGUAGGCCUAAGAAAAAGAGAAAGAUAGAUCCACUACAAGAGAGCAAGCAACAAAAAAGGCCAGUUAGAACAAAGAAAGUAGGGGAGGUGAAGAGGUGCAGGGUAUGUGGAAUGACAGGUCAUAAUAAGACCACUUGCAAGGGUAAAAAUCCACAGGUAGAAGGGCAGUCAAGACAGGUUGAAGGGCAAGCUGAGGUUGAAGGGCAAUUUGAUGUUGAAGAGCAAGCUGAUGUAGAAGGGCACUCUAAUGUUGAAGGGCAAGCUGAUGUAGAAGGGCACUCUGAUGUUAAAGGGCAAGCUGAUGUUCAAGGGCAGUUUGAAGAUGUACUAGUUGAAACACAAGUACCUGCAUUUGUACUUGAUGAACUGGGUUCUCAAGAGAUAGUGGGAUCUCAUUCAUCACAAACAGUGCAUAACCAAGUUGCACAUCAGUCAUCAUUUAUUGCUUCACACACAACCAGUUCAAGUGCAAAUGCUGCUAAUGACAUGCUGAGAAUAGGCCAGAGAAUCAUAACUAAUGCUGUUCUUCAAAGAUUGGCCAGGCCUACAAAAAUGAUUCUGAUAAAAAAGAAACAAUGA